AAUACCAAAAGUAUCGAAUCAACAACUGUUACCCAAUUUAUUAAUAACAACAGAAAGAAGCCAAAGCAAAAUGCUGACCCGCGUGUUCCGCCUAGUGCACGACAGGCGCCUGAGUGUGCCUGUCCUGCGUUGCUUCCACCACGAGUUCUCCAAGCCGCCACAACAGGCAGCGAAGGGCCAGGAAAUCGAAGGCAAUCCCGAAAAGACUUUGGUUGCCGGCGUGCAAGACAAGUACAAAAUAUUCCGCGAUGAGGAAGCCACGGAGAUUUUUGAUGUGGAAGAGGCACGCCACCAGGAGCAGCAACUUCCAGAGCCGGACCUGGAGCUGGAUCACUAUUACGGCCUCAAUUUAAAGCGAGGUGUUCGCGGAGUGUUCGACGUUGAGGACUUGGUGGAGCUGCUCCGCAAGGAGAAUGUGGACGACAUAUUCGUCUGCUACGUGCCGGAGAACCUGAAGUACGUUGACCACCUGGUGGUUUGCAGUGGUCGCAGUUACCGACACAUGCUGUCCACCGCGGAGUUCGUGCGCCGAAUGUUCAAGAUCAAGCGGGGCAAGGGUGACAUAUUGCCGCGCAUCGAGGGCGAUAAGAGCCGGGAUUGGAUGGCCAUGGACUUGGGCAACAUUGCCCUGCACAUAUUUUCACCGAGUGCUCGCGAGGAAUACGAUCUGGAGUCGCUGUGGGCCAUUGGCUCCGAAUUCGACCGCGAAAGCCAAAAACCCACCAAUCCCUAUGGCGAUAUUUUCAUGGCUCAAACACCCCUUUCUUUCGUAGACAAAUCGAAACUAAAGACGUAAAAUAAUACAUUUCACUAUUAAUAAAAAAAAACUCUUUAGAGCUGCGUACGUGCGAGAUCACUUGCAGUGUGAUUUGGAAAAACAAUAAGGUAUGAAUAAAUAUUUCGUGUCAGACUUGUUAUUCUCGUGUCACGGCCAAAAUAACUAUGCGAUCGCCCAUCUCUAGUUUCUUACUGGGUGCAUUCGCUCAGGCAGCCAUCUUUAAAAUAACUGUAAUUUUUAUUAACAUCGAGCUCUAAUAGGGCAAUAAUAGCCAUAAUCCGUCAGAAUAUGACAGCAGUAUUUCCAAACAGGAGCUAAAUUCUUUUGUAGAUGGCCAAGCGACGCUAGCGCCACCUAUUUCUGAAAAUCUGAUAAUAACAAGUGCGCACUAAAGUAUACUGCAAAAAAUGAAAAUAACUCUUCUUUUCAGAGAAUAAAGGCAGAUUCCCUUAUAUCUAUGAAAUGUCACAAUCAAAUUGUUAUAUAUUUGAUAUGUGAUGUAUUUUAAUUUGUCUUUAUCGAAUAUUGUCGGUAUAUCUGGUUGUAGCAACGCGUCGGAACAUUUUCUCCAUUCAACUGGAAGAUGCAACAAUAGACAGUUAAUCCUGUAAUUUAGGGUUUUAAUAACUUUAAGAAGCCGUACAGUUUGAUAGAUAACAAAUUGUAAUAAAAACGCAAAAUAAUAUAUUAUGAACCAGAAAGCAUUCCAAUGAUUUUAUACUUCACAAUCGAAUUUCCCAUUCAUUCAGAGAAAGCCAUUAAACUCAAAUCUCAAUGGCUCGAAUAUAUCCUGCGGCGUUUUUUAACGACUGUUUGCUCAAAAUAUAAAUACGCCCACUC